AUGAAACCUUUGAGACGAGGCGCUUCGUGGAGCUCCGACGAGAACGGUGUAACUGCUCAAAUAAUAAGCUUAUGGUUUAAUAACACGGCGACUGGAAGUGAUAAACUACAUGCGAACCCUCGCGGCUGGGAGUUUAUGACCGUGACGGCGUUGCGAGAGCACUGGGAUGAGGCGAACGCGCGGGUACUGCAGCGCAAGGCGCAGCUGGACGCGAUGCUCGGCGACUCGCAGCGAUACGAGGCUAGGCGGCGCGAUGCAGACGCUAUCAUAGCCCGGGGCAAGGCGUUAAAUUCAGCGGUAUCAUCGCUGCAGAAUUUCGAUCGUUCACUGGAGAAAUUCGUCGCAUGGCUGAGUGAAGCGGAGUCAUUGCUGGACGCAGCUGAUCGUGACCCUCAUCUGCUCAAGGUAAGUUCCUCGCCGUGUGUGGGUAAGCGUUAG